CACGCGAGCAGUUUUCAUCGGCAUUAUCCUCUCGUCCACAGAAACAGAGAGCUUGCAUCGGCGGCGGCUCUCUUAUUCCAAAUGGGCACGGCGGCGACGAUUCCCCAACGGCGAAAUGUCGACAGACGCACUAGAGCUCAGUGGGAAUUGUGGUGUGUUCCCGAUGGAGUCCCAAGAUUCCAUGACUGCCCCAGCUCUAGAGCUCGAGAAGGGUGACGAAGAACCGAUUGGUGGAGAUGGGCAGAGAUACGAGCUGUGUUCUGAAGCUACCAGCGGCUGGACGAGGAGGGUGAGGCUAGGGAAGGCGCCUGAAGAGAGGGAGAUGAACCCUGACAGGAAACAGCUCUUGAGUCGUCUAUCCAUGCUUAUGCUGAAAAUCGUGAAGGGCAUGUCAUCAAUCCAAAGAUUGGCACAGAAUUUGACUCACUGGACGAGGCUUAUGAAUUCUACAACCUUUAUUCAUGGUAGACUGGUUUUGGUAUACGGUUGGCAAGGAGCAGGCUAAAUGUGCAAAGAGUACGAUGUAUGCAAGAGAUUGUGUGUGCCUGUCGGGUUCCCCAUUAAAAGAGAACAACCGUUCGUCAAGAUGUGGUUGCAGUGCAAUGAUAAGGCUGCCGAGAUCCAAGGAUGUUGGUUGGUACAUAUCAGAGCACAAAUCAGGGCACAACCAUCCGCUCUCUAUUACAUGUGGCCAGAAAAUGCAUUGGAAGUCGCACAGGCAUAUAGAUAGAUACACCAAGGAUCUUGUGAAGCAGUUGAGGGACAACAAUGUUUCCCUUGGGAAGGUUUUCAGCAUUGUUGGUAGCUUCUUUGGUGCUGCGGAGAAUGUGCCAUUUACAAAAAGGUCUCUGAAAACAUUGUGCAGGAAGCUCAACAAGGAGCAAUCGGAUCUUGAUGCGGUCAAAACGAUGAACAUGCUUGCGGAUAUGAAAGCUGAUGAUCCAGAGUUCAACUACACAGUGCAGGUCGGCGAGGAGAGCCGCAUAAGAACAUUAAUGUGGGUGACAAGUAGAGGGUGCGAUCAGUAUAGGUAUUUUGGAGAUGCAAUAACAUUUGAUACUACAUACAGGACAAACCUGUAUGAUAUGCCGUUUGGCCUGUUUGUUGGCGUCAACAACCACUUCCAAAGCAUAAUAUUCGGUGGAGCCAUGAUGAGAGACGAGAAAGAGGAAACAUUCAAAUGGAUAUUCAGGGAGUUUGUCUGCAUGGUGGGUGGCAAACAUCCGCAGACAAUACUUACAGAUCAAGCACGGUCUAUGGAGCUUGCUAUUGAAGCAGAGCUGCCAAACACAGUGCACCGUUGGUGCAAAUGGCAUGUUUUGAAAAAGGCUAAGGAAUCCAUGGGUGUUCUCUGGAGCAAGAACAGUGAUUUCAAACUGGAGUUCCACAAGCUUGUCCAUCACAUGAUAACUGAAGAAGAAUUUGAGGCUGGAUGGGACCAGAUGUUGGAGAAGUACUCGCUGAGAAAGCAUCCAUUCUUGACGCAGAUAUAUGAGGUGAGGCAUAAAUGGGCAAAGCCGUAUUUCCGAGGGGUGUUCUGUGCUAGGAUGACAAGCACUCAACGGAGUGAGAGCGCAAACCAUCUUUUGAAGGGUUACGUGCCGCCAGGGUGCCCAAUGCAUCUGUUUUUGAAGCAGUUUCAGAAAUUGCAAUUUGAUAGAGAAGCGGAAGAGAGUUAUCAAGAGAAGAGGACAUCCCUGAGCAGCGUGCCUCUUAGGGUGAACCUUCCAAUAGAGAAACAUGCUAGCAAGGUGUACACCAGAGCUAUGUUUGAAAAAUUUGGCGAAGAAUUGUAUAAAUGUGGGGCACAUGUGUUGGAUGAGGUGUUGCCUAGGAGGAUUUACAAGUCUACCCGUGUAGAAGCGACAAACAGGGAGAGGUGGAGCAAAGUUGAAUUCAAGAUAGAAGUGAAUGAAGAUGAGAGUUUUUUCAGUUGCGAGUGCGGGUACUUUGAGCAUGCUGGGCUAGUGUGCUGCCAUGCACUGCAGGUAAUGGUGCACUUCCGUUUGCAAAAAAUACCACCGAAACACAUACUUAAGAGAUGGACGAGAGAUGCUCGAGACAUUCUUCCUGAGCAUCUGGUUAGGUAUCAGAGAGACAGAGGGCCUCCAGCCAGCGAUACAUUCAGGCACCACACCAUGUACAUGAAAGCGCUGGAGUGUGUUGUGCUUGGCGACAGCAAUGUCAAGUGCUAUGAUGUUUUCAUGGCCAUGAUGAAGGAGGUGCAUGCGACUCUGCUUCCACUUAGUGUUGAUAAAGAUGGAAUGGGGCUUGCAGAGAGAGAGAAAUAACAACAGACUCUAGCCGAAAAAGAACAUGCAUAUGUGGGUGGCAAUGUUGUGCUGCAAACAAAUAAAGUUGAUGGUGAAUCUAGUUGCUCAGCUGUUGGGUUGAAUGAGAAGAAGAGGCAAAGGGGAAGGCCAACGACAAGCAGGGACAAGGCUCCGUAUGAGCAACAACUUAAGAGGUCGCGUUUUUGCACGAUCUGCAGAGAACAAGGGCACAAAUGUACAACUUGUCCGCAGCGAGGUGAUUUACCUAAGGCUCCAAGGAAGUUGUCGAAAUGCACGAACUGUGGUGUUGUUGGACAUCGGCGCAACAAUUGUGGCACUAAUAAAUCCGGCCCAUUUGAGCCAAACUUCCUGUACUCAUUAAGAGUUCCUCAGGAUAGAGAGUUUUUUAAAUUGCAUCGAAUGUGGGACAAAUUUCUUCCGUUGCAUGUAACCGUUGAAAAAUUGUGGUUCGUCAACUUUCAUGUAAUGUGGGCACGAUCAUGUCUUCCUUAUGUGGGGUUAGGUAAAUUUCCUUUAUUA